CCACACUGAGCCCACAAGUUUCAUUUUGAAGUAGUCCAGGGGCCUUGGUUCUGAAAGGGGUGAGGACUGUGUAUCAAAUAGUGAUGGUUUUAAAUGGGAGGGAAUAAAGUCUGCAAAAUUUCCCCGGAUUAUUUUGAAGAGCUCCUCUCCUCCCCACCCCUCCUAUCCUACUUUCUACAGCCUGGUCUAGGGGCAGGAAAUCUGGAAGAAGAUUCUCGGGGGAGGGCCCCAGAACUCAGCUCCCCAGUUAAUGGCUGAUGGAAUUUGCACAACAGCUGGGCAAAGGUGAAGGGGCGGUGCCCUGCCCCAAAUUCCUUAUACCUUUGCUCCGCUUCAUUGACACCCCCACCUUCUCCCCACCCCAGACUUCACCCAAACUCUGACCUCUUACUCUCUCUACUUAACUCUGGUCCCGGGCAGCCAAGACAAAGCGAAAGGCAAGGCAGCAUGAGCCGAUCACCCCUCAAUCCCAGCCAACUCCAAUCAGUGGGCUCCCAGGAUGCCCUGGCCCCCUUGCCUCCACCUGCUCCCCAGAUUCCCUCCACCCACUCUUGGGACCCUUUGUGUGGAUCUCUGCCUUGGGGCCUCAGCUGUCUUCUGGCUCUGCAGCAUGUCUUGGUCAUGGCUUCUCUGCUCUGUGUCUCCCACCUGCUCCUGCUUUGCAGUCUCUCCCCAGGAGGACUCUCUUACUCCCCUUCUCAGCUCCUGGCCUCCAGCUUCUUUUCAUGUGGUGUGUCUACCAUCCUGCAAACUUGGAUGGGCAGCAGGCUGCCUCUUAUCCAGGCUCCAUCCUUAGAGUUCCUUAUCCCUGCUCUGGUGCUGACCAGCCAGAAGCUACCUCUGGCCAUCCAGACACCUGGAAACUGUGAGCACAGAGCAAGGGCAAGGGCCUCCCUCAUGCUGCACCUGUGUAGGGGACCUAGCUGCCAUGGCCUGGGGCAGUGGAACACUUCUCUCCAGGAGGUGUCCGGGGCAGUGGUAGUAUCUGGGCUGCUGCAGGGCAUGAUGGGGCUGCUGGGGAGUCCCGGCCGCGUGUUCCCCCACUGUGGGCCCCUGGUGCUGGCUCCCAGCCUGGUUGUGGCAGGGCUGUCUGCCCACAGGGAGGUAGCCCAGUUCUGCUCCACUCACUGGGGGUUGGCCUUGCUGGUUAUCCUGCUCAUGGUGGUCUGUUCUCAGCACCUGGGCUCCUGCCAGUUUCAUGUGUGCCCCUGGAGGCGAGCUUCAACUUCAUCAACUCACACUCCUCUCCCUGCCUUCCGGCUCCUCUCAGUGCUGAUCCCAGUGGCCUGUGUGUGGAUUGUUUCUGCCUUUGUGGGAUUCAGUGUUAUCCCCCAGGAACUGUCUGCCCCCACCAAGGCACCGUGGAUUUGGCUGCCUCAUCCAGGUGAGUGGAACUGGCCUUUGCUGACGACCAGAGCUCUGGCUGCAGGCAUCUCCAUGGCCUUGGCAGCCUCCACCAGUUCCCUGGGCUGCUAUGCCCUGUGUGGCCGGCUGCUGCAUUUGCCUCCCCCACCUCCACAUGCCUGCAGUCGAGGGCUGAGCCUGGAGGGGCUGGGCAGUGUGCUGGCCGGGCUACUGGGAAGCCCCAUGGGCACUGCAUCCAGCUUCCCCAACGUGGGCAAAGUGGGUCUUAUCCAGGCUGGAUCUCAGCAAGUGGCUCACUUAGUGGGGCUACUCUGCGUGGGGCUUGGACUCUCCCCCAGGUUGGCUCAGCUCCUCACCACCAUCCCAAUGCCUGUGGUUGGUGGGGUGCUGGGGGUGACCCAGGCUGUGGUUUUGUCUGCUGGAUUCUCCAGCUUCUACCUGGCUGACAUAGACUCUGGGCGAAAUAUCUUCAUUGUGGGCUUCUCCAUCUUCAUGGCUUUGCUGCUGCCAAGAUGGUUUCGGGAAGCCCCGGUCCUGUUCAGCACAGGCUGGAGCCCCUUGGAUGUAUUACUGCACUCACUGCUGACACAGCCCAUCUUCCUGGCUGGACUCUCAGGCUUCCUACUAGAGAACACGAUUCCUGGCACACAGCUUGAGCGAGGCCUAGGUCAAGGGCUACCAUCUCCUUUCACUGCCCAAGAGGCUCGAAUGCCUCAGAAGCCCAGGGAGAAGGCUGCUGAAGUGUACAGACUUCCUUUCCUCAUCCAAAACCUCUGUCCCUGCAUCCCCCAGCCUCUCCGCUGCCUCUGCCCACUGCCUGAAGACCCUGGGGAUGAGGAAGGAGGCUCCUCUGAGCCAGAAGAGAUGGCAGACUUGCUGCCUGGCUCUGGGGAGCCGUGCCCUGAAUCUAGCAGAGAAGAGUUUAGGUCCCAGAAAUGACCAGCACGCCUACUGCUGCCCUGGUUAAUUUAGCCCUAACUCUCAUCUGCUGGAGAGUCAGCUCCCAAACUGUUCUUUCUCGUAGGCAGAGGGUAUGUGUGUGUGUAUUACAUGGGCCCAUCUAGAGGUUCCAUUUCCCAAUAGGGUGGGUUGCCUUUCCUUGUCUUAAUUAGGCCUAACUGUUCCAGAGCAGAGACCAUGAUUUAGUGGACCAUGAAUGAAUGAGAUUUUGCCUGUGUACUAGCAAUGCCACUUGAACUCCAGCAUUCACUUUAAUAUUUAUUGAGCAUCUCCCAUGUGCAAGGUCCUGGAACUACAGGGAUAAGACAGGGUCCAUGCCCUCUCAAGGCAUUUACGGUUUAAAAAGACCUUUGUAAUUACUAACGAAAAUGCAAAGCAGAAAGCAGUCUGUAAUAAAGAUUAAAUAAUGCCGUGGGAGCAAA